UCCCCAGCCUCCGCCUCCACCUCCAGGCACACAGUGCCUCCCAGUUUCUUCCUGCUCUGAGGAACAGCCCACAGUUCACCUCUGCCCUGAGGUCUGGAAGCCUGUGUGAGCCUGGACACAUCUCAGAUCUAAUCUGGUGAAACUCUCCUCUCCUCAGGGUCGCCUGAAUGAAUGGGACGCCCUUAAGUUCCGCCUCACCUCAGAGGUCUGCGGGGAGAUCUUCCACACAGGAGGACAAGUGAGGAGGCUGCCCACUGCUGAAGAGAAAGGCAAAGCAACUCGAACGUGAAGAAAUGAAACCGCCAAGGGCAGUCCCGUUCUGCUUCUUGCUCUUUGUGAUUUGUAUUUCGGAAGCUAAGCUGAGCGCGACAGCAGAGCCCAUUGUUCAUCCUUUGAUUCCCCAUGAACAUGACCUAGCAGGGCAAGAGCCACUGAGGCAAAAACGAGCAGUUGCACUGGAUGGCCCUGUAGUGGAAGACUACACUGUGGAUAUUGAGAUCAGUUUUGAAAAUGUCUCCUUCCUGGAGUCAGUCAAAGCUCUCUUGAGCAGCCUCAGGUUUCCGGUUCAAGGAAACGGCACUGACAUUUUGAGCAUAGCAAUGACAACAGUCUGCACACCUGCUGGAGAUGACCUCUGGUGCUUCUGUGAGAAAGGCUACCUGUGGCCUCAGGAACAGUGUCUCCACAAUCUCACCUGUCAAGAGCAUGGCAGUGCCUUGUCAGGCCGCUCCUGCGGUUGUCUAAAAGGACUCCCUCCCCAGGGACCUUUCUGCCAGCUCCCAGAAGCAUACAUCACCUUAAGAAUCAAAGUCAGACUGAACAUAGGAUUUCAAGAAGACCUAAAGAACACCUCCUCUGCCCUCUAUCGGUCCUACAAGACAGAUCUGGAAAGAGCGUUCCGAGAGGGCUACAAAACUUUACCAGGAUUCAGAUCGGUGACUGUGACACAGUUCACCAAGGGCAGCGUGUUUGUGGACUAUGAGGUCAAGGUCACAUCGUCACCACCGCCUGGAUCAAUUCAUAAAGCCAAUGAGCAAGUCACACAGCACCUCAACCACACUUACAGAAUGGACGACAACUCCUUCCAAGGGACACCAAACAAUGAAACGAAGUUCACCAUCACACCGGAAAGCAUCUUUGAAGGAGACAAUGUGGUCCUGGAGUGUGAAACUGAAAUCGUGUCCUCCAACGUAUCUUGGUACUAUGGAGAAAAGCACUCUGUCAUUCAAAACAGCGACAAAUUCUCCAUUCACACCGCAGUCCUUAACAACAUGAGCCUGGUCACCCGCCUCACCAUUUAUAACUUCACACGGCAAGAUGCAGGCAUGUAUGGGUGCAACCUGACAUUGGAUAUUUUUGAAUAUGGGAGAUUUGAAAGACUAGAUGCUGUUCCCAUCCAAAUUUUCGCCAAGGAAGAAAGAAAGGUGGUGUGUGAUAACAACCCUGUAUCACUGAACUGCUGCAGUGAGAAUUUUGGAAAUUGGAGCAGAGUUGAAUGGAAGCAGGAAGGGAAAAUAAGGAUUCUAGGGAACCCAGAAUCGGAGCUGGACUAUGGCUGCAGCAUGUACACGCUCAAGGCAGAUAGAACCCAAUGUCCCAGUGGGUCUUCAGGAACAACUGUCACCUACACAUGUGAGUUCGUCAGUGCCUACGGAGCCAGAGGCAGUAAGGACAUAGCUGUGACAUUCAUCUCUGUAGGGGAUGAUUCCAGCUACAAAGGGGACAUGCCCGAGGUCCCAAGGCAUGAGAUGGAAGUGAGUACUGUUCAGAGCACCACCCGGAACAGCCUAGAAACGAGUAAAACCCAGGAGCGUCAAGCCAACCUAACAGUAACCCCGGACCCAAUUUCUGUUUCUGAGGGACAAAGCUUUUCUAUAACCUGCAUCAGCGACGUGAGUAAUUAUGAUGAGGUAUACUGGAACACUUCAGCUGGUAUUAAGAUCCAUCCAAGGUUUUACACCAUGAGGCGGUAUCAGGAGGGAGCAGAGUCGGUGCUGACAGUGAAGGCCUCCACCCGAGAGUGGGAUGGAACCUAUCACUGCAUAUUUAGAUAUAAGAACUCAUACAGUGUGGCCACCAAAGACGUCACCAUUCACCCGCUGCCUCUGGAGUCAGAUAUUAUGAUAGAUCCUUUGGAAGCCACUGGCCUGUGCACCAGUUCCCACCAAUUCAAGUGCUGUGUGGAUCAGGAAAAAGACAAAGAGUAUACUGUGACCUUCCACGUAGAUUCCUCAUCCUUUCGCGCUGAAAGAGAAGUCAUUGGCAACCAAGCAUGCUACACAUACAGUCUCCCAGCAAACUUACUUCACUGGUGUCCCAAAGACAUCAAUGCAUUUUGCCACUUCACCAAUAAUGCCAACGGCUCGGUCCAGAGCCCGUCUAUGAAGCUUACCCUUGUUCCAGGGGAGAAUAUUACAUGCCAAGACCCCAUAAUAGGUAUCGGGGAGCCUGGGAAAGUCAUCCAGAAGAUGUGCCAGUUCUCAAGUGUUUACAGAAGCCCGGGCCAGACCAUCGGUGGGACCAUCACUUAUAGAUGUGUAGGCUCCCACUGGAAGGAGGAGGAAAGGAGCUGCAUCUCAGCCCCAAUCAAUGAUUUGCUCCAGUUGGCCAAGGAUUUGAUCAAGAGCCCCUCCCAGGACCAGAAGCUCCCUGCAUACCUGAGGGACCUUUCCGUUAGUGCCGGGCAAGAGGAAAAGAACAUCCGCUCCUCUCCGGGGAGCCUGGGAGCCAUUAUUAGCAUCCUUGAUUUGCUCUCAACAGUUCCAACCCAAGUGAAUUCAGAGAUGAUGAGGGAUGUGCUUGCUACCAUUAAUGUCAUCCUAGACAAGGCUACCCUGAACUCCUGGGAGAAGUUACUCCAGAAACAGAACAACCAGAGCUCCCAGUUUCUGCACUCAGUGGAAAGGUUCUCCCAAGCACUGCAGCUGGGAGACAGCGCCCCUCCGUUCCUCUUCCACCCUAACGUUCAGAUGAAGAGCAUGGUAAUAAAGAACGGCCACCCCCAAAUCUACCAACAGAAGUUUGUCUUUGAGGACUCUGACCUGUGGGGUGACGUAGCCAUUGAUGAGUAUCAGCUGGGGAACCUGAAGCCUAACUCAUCUGUUGUCACCGUGGCUUUCCCAACCCUCAAAGCCAUCCUUGCCCAGGAUGUACAGAAAGAGACAUCCUCCAACAGCUUAGUCAUGACAACCACCAUCAGCCAUAGUGUCAUCAAGCCAUUUAGGAUUGCCAUGACUUUUAAGAACAACCAUCAUUCAGGCGGCAAGCCACAGUGCGUCUUCUGGAACUUCAGCCUUGCCAACUACACAGGGGGCUGGGACAGCACUGGGUGCUCUGUGGAAGAUGAUGGUACAGACAACAGGGACAGAGUCCUCUGCGUAUGCGACCACCUGACGUCAUUCUCCAUCCUCAUGUCCCCAGACUCUCCGGAUCCAGGAUCUCUCCUAAAAAUACUUCUGGAUAUCAUUUCUUACAUUGGGUUGGGUUUUUCCAUCUUCAGCUUAGCGGCCUGUCUAGUUGUGGAAGCCAUGGUGUGGAAAUCAGUGACCAAGAACCGUACUUCCUAUAUGCGUCACAUCUGUAUAGUCAACAUUGCCCUCUGCCUUCUGACUGCCAACAUCUGGUUCAUUGUGGCCGGGGCUAUUCACGAUGGCAACUACCCACUCAAUGAAACAGCCUGUGUGGCCGCCACCUUCUUCAUCCACUUCUUCUACCUCAGCGUCUUCUUCUGGAUGCUAACCCUGGGCCUCAUGCUCUUCUACCGUCUGAUUUUCAUUCUGCACGAUGCCAGCAAGUCCACCCAGAAAGCCAUUGCCUUUUCCCUAGGCUAUGGCUGUCCACUCAUUAUCUCGUCCAUCACAGUGGGAGUUACACAGCCACAGGAAGUCUACAUGAGGAAGAAUGCGUGCUGGCUCAACUGGGAGGACACCAGAGCACUGCUGGCUUUUGCCAUCCCAGCACUGAUUAUCGUGGUGGUGAACGUGAGCAUCACAGCUGUGGUCAUCACCAAGAUCCUGAGGCCCUCUGUCGGAGACAAGCCGGGCAAGCAGGAGAAGAGCAGCCUGUUCCAGAUCAGUAAGAGCAUCGGGGUCCUCACGCCACUCCUAGGCCUUACUUGGGGCUUCGGUCUUGCCACGGUGAUCCAGGGGAGCAAUGCUGUGUUCCACAUCAUAUUUACCCUCCUCAAUGCCUUCCAGGGGCUCUUCAUUUUGCUCUUUGGCUGCCUCUGGGAUCAGAAGGUGCAGGAAGCUUUGCUGCAUAAGUUUUCAUUGUCACGGUGGUCUUCUCAGCACUCAAAGUCAACAUCCCUCGGUUCAUCAACACCUGUGUUUUCUAUGAGUUCUCCAAUAUCCAGAAGAUUUAAUAAUCUUUUUGGUAAAACAGCAGCCCCAAAGCUCCCCCCAGGCAAUGAUGGAAACCUUGUUAGCAGUGGCAGUUCAUCAUUCUCAUGGAACAUAUAACGUUUCCACCCCAGAGACGACCAGCUCAUCCUUGGAAAACUCAUCUAGUGCUUACUCACUGCUCCAUUAGGACCAGGCAAAGACAAAUCUGCAGAGACAGAGCAUGCACCGCGAAAAAGGGGCCAUGCACCGUGAAAAAAAGGACCCACCCGAGUCUUUUUUGGGUGAAGCAUUUUCUAUACAGAAUUCUGGGAGCAGAGCCAAAGAGACUCAGUAAAGAGGACGCUUUCUUUCAUAAGGAUGGACUAAAAGCAACUGCCAUGUUUAUUUUUGCUCUCAACCCCAUCCCUCAUGUAAUGCCAAAUAUGUAUAGUAUUUAAAAGAACUCUCCCUGCUGAGGCUCAACUUUUCUCUAUACAUUGUAAAAUAGAAUUUCGAAGAGAGUUUUACACACACACACACACACACACACACACACACACACACACACACACAC